CUUCUAACGUCCUUCCAUGCGUUGUGCUACCUUCUCCAGCCACCAAGAGCUUCCCUACUCUCAUGACCUUGCUGCUGGCUCACAUAUCUUGUCAUUUACCGUCUCGCCAGUGACGUUAUAGCGCAAUACAUGUGCUCGUGACCCCUCUUCGUGUUCGAAUAAGACACUCAAAUACGAUCUAGGCUUACAUAGAGCUUCUUGUCGCCUUUGUGCAAUCAUAGUCAUUCGUUUUAGUCGCCUUGGGUCUUUAUAUCAUGCCAGCCAAGACGUCCGCCAAGAAGAUGGCACCAACACCCAAGACAACGUACGAUAUUUGCUUACGAAGACUGGACCAUUCUUCAAAAGAGUCGGUGGAUAAACAAAUUUCAAUACCCGAGACCAUCACAGCUUUGGACAACUACCCACCGUUACUCCGCAUACCGUCCGAAAUCCGGAGAGAGAUCUUCAGAUACGUCUUACCAUCAUCCAACAAGCGAUUUCUGCUCUAUACCGACUGCGACUCAACUGUCAUCAGUAAAAAGUGGAACCGUAAAUGCCGACCGCAUCCCGAUAAGCAUCUAAAGCUUGACAUCCUCCGAACGAAUCGCCUAAUCUAUCAUGAGUGUCUUUCAGUCAUGUACUCAGAGAAUCUGUUUCACUUCUACGCGUUCAAUUAUCUACCUGUACUAGACUUCAUCCGCCACCUAAGUCCAGAAGCUAAAAACUUGGUGCGCAAAGUCCGGCUCACACCUCUGACGGAUGAUCAGAGUGAUCCACCCGCAUCGCACGACGUCUUCUGCACCGUUAUCCACGACUCAUUGCCUGGAUUGAGCGAGCUACAGGCCGAUCCAGUUGUCUUCUUCUAG